AUGGAAAUUGUUUAUGUUGGCCACCGAAAUCCUACAAAUCGUGCGCUUUUAAUAUCAAACAAAGAAUGGAAAAGACUUGGUCAAAUUUUAACUAAAAAAAUAGACGAAGAGGAAGCGGUUAAUAUGAGCAAGCAACUGAAAGAGAUGCGACGUGAAACGUCAAAAAAGAUGGUGGACGGUUGGGACAACACUGAACUGAACAAGACCAAAAAUCUUUUGGAACAAAAACAAAAGGCGCUUUCCGAGUUGGAAAUGAAACGGCAGCAGAGGGACGAAGAGAUGAAGCGCGAAGCACUAGAGGCCAGGAAUAAGAUCAUCAAGAAAGYGUGCCAACUGAAAUUUGAAGAGAGAGACGCAACAAAAACGUUCUAUAGAGCUCUACAGAAUUCUGAAGUGUACAAAGAAAGGGCAAUACAAGUCAAAUUUAAUGAAGCUGAGCGAGAGCAGAAGGUGCAAAAAGACCUUGAAACGGCUCAAGAACAAAACAAGGAAGCAGAACGGUACAAAAAACACCAAGCGAACGAAAAACAAAAAAAACAUGAGCUAAAAAGAUUAAACGCUCAAAUGUUUUUAAAAGAGUUGAAGGAACGUAGGGAUAAGAGGGCUGAUGAACAGAUUGCGUCGCUUGAGUCUGGUAAGGCGGAAUUACAGAAAGUAGCUGAAGAAAUCGAAGAAGCUCAUGARAAGGCCGCUGCUGAGGCUCGAUCAGCGAAGGAAAAACUGCAAAAGGAUAUAGAGGACAACCGCAUAAUGAUAACCAGCAAAAACGAUAUGCAUGAGUCGGAGGAAUGGGAAGAGGAUAUGGUUACUACCAUAAUGGCAGAGACAAAGAAGAUAUUAGCCAGAGCGCGGAGACUUAAAGAAAUAGAAUUGAUGGAGGUCAAACAAUUAGCACUGGAGAAGAUGAGAACGAGAUCGGCGGUUUGGCCGACGAAGAAAAUCGGGUGGGCACAGUUUGACGUACUGGAUGCCAUAGAAGCGCAGGAAAAACGGUAUCUAGAAGGGGAACGCAAAAAGAAAGAGCUGGCUAAUAAAAGAAUAGAACACGAGGAGAUCGGAAAUAGACUGUGGGAAGAAGAGAUGUGCAGACGACGGAAACGAUCGGCACAGGAGCUUCGAUCGGAGAUGCAAAGACGCGAACGCGAGAAAAAGUUGUUGACUGAGUUUGCGGACUUGCGCAAGCUAAUGCGAAUUGAAAAUGCCAACCGGUUUCGGGAGCAACUCGAAAAACAGUGUAAUGAUAAAAGGAUAGCAUCGUUGAAAAAUAGACAAGCUGAUAUAGAUCGCCACUUAGCAUUUGAGCAUGAGUGGCAGAGAGAAGAUGAAGAAUUCAUUGCAUAUACAAAAAAUGUGAUUGAGAAGAAGAUAUUAGCAGGCAAUUCAGUUGUACCAUUAUAUAAAACAGUAAAAGAUUAUCUUGAAAAAAACAAUUUAUGCAUGAUUGAUGAUAAGGUAUCAAAAAAAAAUCCAAAAGGUCCAACUCAUACAUCAAGAAUAAUACGCCAUUUUUAGUAAUAAUUAAAAAAAA